AUGCCGCGGCGAGGUACCGGCCGUGAAGAACCGAGGACUGAGGCAGAUAUUGGACGUGACACCACAAGUCUGGUGAUUCGUCGGCUGCCACAGCACAUCACAACAGAGAGGUUGGUGGAGGUUCUCCGUGAGUCGUCAAGGGGACGAUUUGACUUCGUGCACGUCCCACACGACCAGCAGACAGGGCUGAAUGUGGCAUUGGCCUUCGUCAACUUUGUCGAUCAUGACGCGGCAGAGAAAGCAUACCGGACUCGGCUGACGCGGCCAGCCGGUGGUCGAAAUCCACUGGGCCCAAUACGCAUCAGACCAGGCACCAUCCAG